CCUAAAGGAGGAUGACGUUCAAUCACAAAUUCAUUUGAAUGAGACCGAGAGGACAUUGCCAACUGCAACGACAAUUGACAAACAUUUUACCACUCGAUACCAUUCAAGGAAAAAUGUUUUAGAUCCUAUAUAUACAUCCGAGGAAACUGAUAUAUUUUCAUCCGAAAAGAAGUUCGAAAAAGAAGACGUAUAUGAUCGAAAUUGUUUAAAUUCGGAACUAUCAAAAGAAAGAAGCCAAUUUGACAUAGAUACAACAAAUCAAGAUCCUGUUCAACAAUUCAAAUCUAUUCGUGAUCGAACUUUUUUUGAACCAUCGCAACACUUGAUGCUUAUUGAAAUGGCCAGAGAUCAAAGCAGCUACCAAGAAGACGUUAUUUACAAGUCGAAGAGACAGGAUGUUUGUUGCCAUCAUCCCCAAAGGAAGAACAAGAAUGCUAUAGUACGAAGGACAAAACGGGAAAAUCACGGAUUGGACAUGUACAAAGACACUCUAGAGGUUUCAAGUAUCGUAGACAGACAUCAAAAAGAAAGAAGCGCAUAUCAAAUGCCAGAUGAACGGACGUUUGCAAAAGAGAUAUGCUUCGUUUGCUAUUCUAAAUAUGAAAACAAGCAAGGAUGUAUCGUGCUAGAAUGUUGCGUACCAUCAAUGGCAGACGAUCGUGUCCGAACAAGAGGAAUGGACGGGUUUUUAGAGCACGAACGGAAAUAUUUCGAUCAUUUAGAUGAUGAGACAUUCGUGAUAGUGAUGAAACAAAACCGGGAACACACUGCGCCUUUACAGUUCAAUGGCAGUCAUGACGAUGUUGAAUUUCAAACUAUAGACGGACAUGAUCUCACGGCUUUUGUGAAAGUGUAUAGAGGGCAAGACAUGCAAGAACUUACUAUGUUUGAAGUAGAUAUUCCUGCAAGCGAGAUGCAGAAUCAACAAGACCAGAGUCAUUUUUCACUUUCUGAAACAAAUAACGAACAGAAAAUAUUAAGGAGCAUCGAAAGCUCUCCCAGGGUUGACUGUGAAAGUAUUUCGCCAGGACAAUCAUUGGGGAACAAAAGCACAAGUGACAAAUUGUUUUGGCCUGGUGAAGCGAAAAAUAGGAAAGCAAGUUUGAUGUGCUUUUCCAUACAUGAUACACAAAAAAGCGAAGUGGUCAUAGAAUGCUGUACAUCACAAAUGGCCCCAGGGCGUAUUGAACAAAUGAGACGAGAUGGGUAUAGUAUUCAUGGGCGAGUUGACGUCAUGGCCCGUUUGGGUGAAGAAUUCCAAAUUAUCAUGCAGAAAGAAUUAAAGUAUACAGCUGAAAUAAACUUUACUGAAUUUUAUCAAGAAGUUCAUUAUCAAGUGCAAAUAAACACGCAGUAUUUAGUCUUUGUGGCCAUUCACAAAGGUGAGCAGCAUACAUCAAGGACCAUUGACAGACGAGACCACUUGAUGGAAUUUCAAAGAGAUAACAAUAGUGACGUUGGCGUAUUGCCUUGGAAGUGUGAAGUUGUAAGAAAAGAUGCAUAUCCUAUGACUGACAAAGUGAAAAACGAUCGGACUUCGCACAAAGCAACGACAUCCCACUUUGAACGCAGUGUGAAAAGGAACAUCAGCUUUUUCGCUUUCAUUAAGCAAGAUAGCUCAAAAGCAAUUGUUGUUGUCGGGUGCUCUGCUUUUGAGGAAGUUGAUGCACAACGUAUGGGAUGGAACCGUAUGGGCUUUACAGAAAUAAAUGCUGAUUUUGGUUGGGCCACUGAUCUCAACGUGAAUGAGGGACCACAUUUGUUCCUUUUGAAUCUUGUUAUUGGAAAGAGAAAAAUUAUUUCAAAGUUGAAUUAUAAAGACAGUGUAGAGUACAAUGUAUUUGUGACUUGCAACCUUGCAUCUGGACUGCAUAUUGAUGUAAGAAACCGAAACAGAGGAUACAUUACACGAUUUUCAUCUGUAUGUGAAGCAUCGAAAACAACUGUCUUCACUGGUCCGAUGUAUGGCAAUUCACGCACAUAUGAUGUCAAUAGGAUGCAUUCGUUUGAGAUUGCGUUAUUGCCAUCGACACCAAUUAUGCAAAUCAGAUUGAACCGAUGCAUGAUAUUGGCUUGGGAAGCAUUGAAUGCGUUCUUAAACAAUGAUUUAGUUUCGGAAACAUGUUGUUCACUGUACUAUGCUGCAACGCACUAUUACUACCCUGACCAGCAGACGAUUAACUGCAUGUGUGCAACACUAGGAAAAGGUUCUUCACUUGUGUUGCAAAUGUGUGAUGAGGCGUGCUCUUACAUACGAAAACUUUCACACGCGGUAAUGGAUGUUUACCCGUCGUAUCUAGCUGAAUGUUCCGAUCCGGCUGCGGUUGUGUUUGUUGUUACUUUACGGUAUGACAUGGAUUUGAGACAGUUUCGAAACUACACCUUAAGGGUACGCUUGCAUUGGAAUUACAGUGAGGAGGGACAGGAAACAGCAUUUGAAAAAUGCAGUCUUUCUCAGGAAGAUCAAACGCGUGUAUCGGCAUGCAUUAGGAAACAUGGCCAGAAACUGAUGGAUGAACACAAAUAUCUGAGCAUCAUUACUGCUAGUUCGGUUCGACGAACACGUAGUUACCAACGCCAAACAAAGCUUAGAAGACAAACAUGUUUGGUGUUGUAUGUGCAUAUGAAAGGCUUUAUUCCAUUAAAGGAGGACCCGUUUGAGGAAGAAUACGAUGGAAUACCGGUUGAUAUUAGGUCUGGUGAAUUUCGUUUGUUCGGUAACGAGAAUUACCCUUCACUUCCUAAUGUUCAAAUGGGGUGCCAGAUUUAUAGGAAAAACGUAAACGCAUACGGCACGCUAGGCGGGUUUGUUGAUCAUCCCCAUUACGGCCUUUGUGGUUUUACUUCAGCGCACGUGCUUCUAACUCCGCAAGAGUUUGAUAUAUUAAAGAGGAAUCCACAUGGAGUUAUAUGCAACUCUUAUGACAGCACCUACGGUGUACACCAGGGAAAUGACAACUUACAAGAAAUCGCAAGAAUAAUGAAAGUUGUAUAUAAAGGAAAGGGUCAACAUUCUGAUGUAUCUGUUGGUGUUGGUGUUGAAGUGGCACUUUUCAAGAUUCAGCACCGAGCUCCUGUCCAUGGGUUACUUUGUUGCGAACAAGAAAUUACUUUCAAUUCAGGGGAAAUCCGAGACGAGACACAACUCCAUAUCAAUGAUAAGUGUUACAAGGUUGGAUGUGUUACAGGAAUGACAGAAGGGAGGUUGAAAUUUAAUGAUAGUUUCACACAUGUUAAAACAUUUGAGUUCGGUGGCAAGAAAUGUGCCGUUACUCUGCCAAAUCAGUACGAAAUUGAAAACAACGGAAGUAUUUUUUCAGACAAUGGUGAUUCUGGUGCACUAGUGUUUUGUGAGGAUUAUCAAGCCAACUUAGUUUGCAUAGGUAUGGUAGAAGGAGGCACAGACAAUGGAAAUGUAGCUGUCACACCAAUAGCAGCCGUUUUGGAUGCAUUGGGUGUAACAAAAUUGAAAGAUUUCACACAAUCAAUAGACGUUGCAAUGAAGAUAGCUUCACUUGAAGAGAAACUUGACACGAGCGUUCAAACCCUUGAGCAAAACCUGAAGGCAGAAAUCCACUCCGUUAAUGAGAACCUUAGAGAAGAAAUAAGGACGAUGCUUGGUGAAUUUCUUCGUCCGUCAAACCCACAAAACACUUAAUCACUAUCAGAAUAAAUGGGAAACACAUCUAGUGAACUACUUUGUAUUUCAAACCGACAAAACGGCUUAUAACUAUAAGAUAAAUAAGAAACGUGUUAAGUGAAUAACUACCUCGUUAAAACCUGCAAAACAAUAUUACUAUCUCAAGAAAUGUAACAAAAGGGUAGCUUGAAUAUACAUAAGACAUACAGGCACUUAAAUAUAAAGUUAAGAAAUAGUAAAAAUUGGUUCUAGACCGUGUAUAUUCUUUUACGUGCCAAUGACUAUAUCCCUAUAUACAAACCCAGAUAUAUAUACUGGAUAGAAUGAACGACUGUGUAAUUAUUUUGCAGAAGAGUGGCGUGGGUUAAAAUACCGGGCACGAAAACUAAUGCGGCAGCUGGUAAAGUGCCUGAAGGCCAAAUGUUUCGAUCAGCUCUCAUACCUUUACUUUCAUAUAUUAACCUUUAACUUUAAGGACGCAUAGACGUUUUAAAUACUGUUAUUAUGUUUAUUACCUAUAUACAGGUACAAAAUCGACACAAAGCGUCUUUGCGUUUCCACAAAU